CGCGGACGCUUGCGCAUCUCCGAGAGCUAUCGAAACAUCGAGCCUGGGAUGGAGAAACCCACGCUCGCUGCUGACCCCCCCGCACCCUCUUAAUCACUGCUUCAGCCAGCGGUAUGGUCCUAAUAUUGGCGCCGUUGCCUGAUUCUCUCCACCAAUGUCAGUGACGGCCACGAAGCCCUCAUUGCCGCAAGGGCUUGCAGAGCACCCGCGAAAGGCCGAUGGAGGUACAAAGAACUACAAAGGCUUCGUCGCGGGAGUCUUCUCUGGCAUUACAAAGCUAUCCGUCGGCCAUCCAUUCGAUACCAUCAAAGUGCGGUUACAGACGACCGAUCAUUCUCAGUUCAAGGGCCCACUAGAUUGUCUACUCCAAACGCUGCGCAACGAGGGCGUCAAGGGAAUAUAUAAGGGCGCAACCCCACCCCUGGUCGGGUGGAUGUUCAUGGACUCAAUAAUGCUGGGAUCGCUGAGCGUGUAUCGGCGUAUCCUGAAUGACAAUAUCUUCAACCCGACAAGAGAACUGAAUUUUGGACAACAACCCAAACUCCCUGUGCUGGGACAUGCUAUGGCAGGUACAAUGGCUGGCUGGACAGUCUCCUUUAUUGCCGGGCCUGUCGAGCACAUCAAAGCCCGUCUACAGGUCCAAUAUCAGGCACAGAAAGCCCAGAGGCUCUACAGCGGACCCAUCGACUGCCUCAAGAAGACAUUCCGAAACCACGGCGUCAGAGGCGUCUGGCACGGUCUCAGCGCUACCCUCCUCUUCCGCACAUUUUUCUGUUUCUGGUGGGGCACCUACGACAUCUUCACCACCGCACUCAAAUCACACACCAACCUUUCAACCCCCGCCGUGAACUUUUGGGCUGGAGGUCUCUCCGCCCAAGUCUUCUGGAUCACAUCGUACCCAUCAGACGUCGUGAAACAGCGCAUCAUGACCGAUCCUCUAGGUCAAGACCGGAAGUUCCCCCGGUGGCGCAAUGCUGCAAGAGCGGUUUAUCGAGAGCGAGGUUGGCGAGGUUACUGGAGAGGGUUUGUCCCGUGCUUCUUGAGGGCAUUUCCGGCUAACGCAAUGGCUUUGGUUGCGUUUGAAGGCGUUAUGAGAGCUUUGCCUGAGUGAGAUUAUCGUUUUAGAUGUCCCUCUUCUAGGCUAAUUAACAUAAUACGCUAAUUCAUAAAUGUCUUGG